AUGUCGGACUACGAUAGUCUCGAAGGUGAUUUAGUAGAGUUAGGUAAAGAACGUGCGGGAACAUACGAGGGAGGUCGCGAUGCAGGAGGUGAAAGACAUGGUCAUGGUACAGCGACACAUAAUAAUGGAGAUAAAUAUGAUGGCGAUUAUGACACUGGCAUGCGACAUGGCUUGGGAAAAUACAAGUUUAAAAAUAAGGCCAGGUAAAACAAGGUUAUAAAUUAAAAUCAAAAUGAAUCAGUUGUUUGCAUCCAACUGAUAAAAUGUCGUAGAAAUGUUUACGUGAAACUUUUAGUCAAUUAGCAUUGGACAAGUUUUAAUUUGAUCACCCAAUCACACUUAACAAGCCUCAGGGUGAUAUAGUCGGGUGAUAUAGUUUUUUAACUAUAUAAUAUAUAAGCGCAACAAGCUAUCGUUGAUAUAGGAAUGGUAUGCAAUUAACUGAAAAAUACAAGGAGAAAUUCAACGUUUCGAGCGAAGGCCCUACGUCAAAUUUCUACUUGUAAUAAUUGGCACUGCCUACACUGGCACAGGCCGUCGAAGAUUAUAUAUAACAGGGCCUACAGUAGGAUGUGCAUGUAACUGGGGGACAUAUUUAGCGGGGGACCUAGAGAAGUUCCAGUCGGCAAGUCUGUAUCACUGCAGCUACCAGCAUUUAUAUGCAUGGUUUAACUAAUAAGUAUACGUCAAAGGGCAGCAGAUCCGGCCGCAAUUACUAGGAUUCUGAGACAACCGAGUCGAGCACCGAAGGUGCGAGCCUGUAGAGGGGUCUGGGGGCAUGCCCUCCCCAGAAAAUUUUGAAUUUCUUGAAGCUCAGAUAAGAUAUUUGAUAAGCAGUUUUCCAACAAUAAAUUAACCUAGUUACGGGCCUGCAGAUGAUGGUCAAAUGCAGUAAUGUUAACAACUUAACAUCAUUUUUUCACUCUGAUACAUAAUUGCUGACAUACUGCAGGUAGUUCUUAGGGACCUUACUGAGGGGGGGAGGGGGGGGGGACACAAUUGCCGACUGGAGGGGCCAGUAGGAGGGCUGGGGGGACAUGUCCCCCCAGUCUAUAUGUUAAAAGAGGUCCUGAUAUAUAAGCGCCCCAAUUUUCCCUAUCGCGCCGAUCUUCAAUCAAUAUGUUAGCUUCUUUUACAAAUGAAAAAGCAGCUGUCAUACUGCAUUUCCAAAAAUUCGUUGGUUAUUGGUCAGGUAUGAAGGUGAAUAUAGCAGAGGUCUCAAGGAAGGAACAGGGACAUUUAUCUACCCAGAUGGAUCACAAUAUGAAGGGGAAUGGAAGAGGGGUAUCCGGGAUGGGCAUGGAAAAUAUACUUAUGUAAAUGGUGAUUGGUACGAAGGAUCGUGGAAAGAUAAUAAUAAAGAAGGACGUGGAGUGUACUAUCACAGUCAAACUGAGGCAAAAUAUUCAGGUAGAUUUCUUUUCUCCUAUUGUGGUUUGUGAAAUCAUGAAUAAUAAUGAGUUUUGCAUCCAAUCAAACUUCAAACAACGUUCACGUGAACCCCAAAGAAAUGAAAUCAUGAAAAUGCUAAUUGAAUGAGUUACAAACACUAUAGUGGUUGCAACUCUUCCGAUAAAACCACAAGUGUUUGUAAUACCAUGAAUUCUCGCCUUCUGCUUGUGUAAUACAUUCAAUAUACAAUACAACUCGGUCGCUUGUGAUGUAAACAGUACGUGCAAUUUGUUCAAUUGAUUAGUUUCGAAGACGCCAGUUUACGGCAAUUUUCUCCCGGCACCGAGGCGGGAUUUUAGGUAGAAUGAAAACAGAAUUUGAACUGAUCCGUCCAGUUCACGUCGAUAAGUUUCCCGGCACCGAACUCAUAUGGAUACAAGCCUCGUGCACUGUACGCGUAUUUUAGGUAUUUAUAUUAUUAUCAUGUCGUGCAGUGGUUCAAAAAUGUCUAUAUUUUCUUUCCUCUAGGAAUGUGGUCAGUUGGAAUACGAGAAGGGCCCGGUGAUAUGAUGAACAAUCACUUCAAAUAUCAUGGAUAUUUUAGAGAUAAUCUUCCCAAUGGUCCAGGUAAAAUGUCGUUUAAAGGGUGUCAACAACUUGGGGAAUAUGUUAUGACUGAUGUAUUCGUCAGGAAAAAUGGUUUGCUCGAAACAGAGCAAGAACCAACAUGGCGCUGUACAGAGUUGAUAUAUUCCGCUGGACCAAGAGAAAUGCCUUCCGUCGAACAAUUGAAGGAUAAUAAAUAA